AUGGUGAAAUGUGCGAAGGGCACGCCCCCAGUCCCGGCGCACGCGUCAGAUCAUGCUCGGGGUACAAGCUGCACCACAGACCGCUGUGUUCGACGGGCGGCUGGGGUACUACACCCUACACCACGAGCACACAACGCGAAACUGUGGGAGGAGAAAGUGCUCAUAUACAUCUUCGCGUUCAAGGCCGAGCAUGAGGUCGACAAGGGCCCGGACUACAUCGCCGCGCACACGCAGUGGCAGCGCGACCGCGCACAGACGAUCAAGAACCAGCUCGGGUCGAACAGCUCGGCAGCGCAACAGAUUCUCGUGACGACCAGCGGUGAGUCCUAUCUCGACGAGUCCAUGCAGGCCGCGAGGUUUGGCUGCGCCACGCUCAACAUGUUUGCCGUCCAUGCGUACGGCCCGGGCAGCUUCGACACCGCGAAGCUCGAGGGCUACGUCGUCAAGGCCGUCGCCGCCGGCAAGCUUCUCAAGAUGGAGGAGUGGUGCCUCAUUCCACCCUCGUCACAUUCCAACCCGCGCCCCACCGUCCAGAUCCUGCUCUCCGUUGCCGCCGUCAUCUCUCUCGCGCUCGGCCUCUUCCAGGACUUUGGGCCUGGGCGCGACCCGGACGAGCCCGCGGUGGAGUGGGUCGAGGGCGUCGCGAUCAUGGUCGCGAUCGUCGUCGUCGUGCUCGUCGGCUCGCUCACGGACUGGCAGAAGGAGCGCCAGUUCCGCGUGCUCAACGCGAAGAAGGACGAGCGCACCGUCAAGGUCGUCCGUGGGGGUGUAGAGCGCCUCAUAGACGUGCAUGCCGUCGUCGUCAGCGACGUAGAUCAUGCUUCGGGCGCGACAGGGGAGAGUGACGUCAUCAAGAAGAUGAAGUACGAGGAUUGUUUGGAGCUGCGGAAGACGCUCGACCACGACAAGAAGGACGCCUCUCCGCAUACCGACUGCUUCCUCAUCAGUGGUAGCAAGAUCCUCGAGGGCCGCUCCGCGACAGCAGAGGGCACGGCCCUUCAGCGCAAGCUGGAGCAUCUAGCUAACAGGAUCGCCGUCGCAGGCUCACUUGGCGGUUUGAUGCUCUUCAUCGGGCUGCUCAUUCGAUACUUCGUCAAGAUCGGCACUGACACUCCCCACAUGAGCCCCAGCCAAAAAGGGUUGGCUUUCGUGGACAUUCUCAUCUUGUCCUUCACGCUCGUCGUCGCCUCAGUUCCUGAAGGUUUACCUCUAGCCAUCGCACUCGCGUUGGCGUUGGCCACCAAGCGGAUGACACGCGAGAACCUUCUCGUCCGAGUCCUCAACUCCUGCGAGACCAUGGCGAACACCAGCGUCAUCUGCACCGACAAGACCGGCACGCUCACGCAGAACGCCAUGACCGUCGUGGCGGGCACCAUCGGCGGCGACCUCGCCUUCGUCCGCGAUCUGGCCCAGAAUCCCGAGCGCGCCACACCCGACGCCACUCCCAUCGAGCUCCGCUGCCUCAGCGGCGCGCUUCCUCCUCCCCUUCGUGCCCUCCUCAACGACGCCAUUGCGAUCAACUGCACCGCGUUCGAAGAUGCGGACGCAAACACCGGCGUCUCCGUGUUCGUGGGCAGCAAGACGGAGACCGCACUGCUGGCGAUGGCGCGCGACUCGAGAUGGCCGGGCUACAAGGCCGUUCGAGAGGCUGCUGAGGCUCUACAGGUGUUCCCGUUCCCGAGCGAGCGCAAGGCGAUGGGUGUCGUGGUGCGUCUUCCGGGAGGUCGUGCGCGGCUGUACGUCAAGGGCGCGAGCGAGGUGCUCGUCGCGGCGUGCGCACGCCAGGUUGUUGUCACAGAACGAGAAAAUGUGGUCACGAAGGUCACCGACGAAGACGAUCGGGCGCGGAUCUUGGAGAGCAUCACGUCGUACGCGUCGCAGACGCUCCACACCAUCGCUGUAUGCUAUCGAGACUUGGACGACUGGUCACCCAAGGCCGACGAAGUCUCAUGGACGGAUCUCGCACGCGAUCUCACGCUCGCUGGCCUCUUCGCUCUUGAGGACCCUCUUCGCCCCGGCGUUCGCAAAGCGGUGGCAGACUGCGCCCGCGCAGGCGUCCAGGUCAAGAUGUGCACCGGCGACAACGUCCUCACCACGCGCUCCAUUGCCACUCAGUGUGGCAUCUUCACCCCCGGCGGCAUCGUCAUGGAGGGCCCGCGGUUCCGCGCGCUGUCAGACACCGAGCGCCGCGUGACCGUGCAGCGUCUCCAGGUGCUCGCGCGCUCGUCGCCCGAGGACAAGCGCAUCCUCGUCACCACCCUCAAGGAGCUCGGCGAGAUCGUGGCGAUCACCGGCGACGGCACUAACGACGGGCCCGCGCUCAAGGCUGCGCACGUCGGCUUCUCGAUGGGCGUCACGGGCACCGAGGUCACGAAGGAAGCGUCCGACAUCGUCCUCAUGGACGACAACUGGGACGGCCUCAUCGUUGUCGUCACCCCGCGUCUAGAUCUCGUCAGCGGGCGAAGGUGGCGGCGCGAGCCUUCCGAACUGGAUGCUUGA